UUUAGUCAGGUGGAGGCAGGUCUGGUUUUCAAUGUAUGGCUUCCAUAUGUUUGCAUGUGAUGGUGCAGGAUUUGAUUUGAAGAAAAUAAGUUAAAACAGGUUUCGAAAAAUAAAAUAAGCAGCCAUAAACAGCCCCAUCUAAGAUUGCAUACUUCCAGUAAAAAUAAAGUAAAUUAUAUAGCAGAACUGCCUAUAUUUUGCAAUAAUGAUCAGAAUAAAAAUUUCUAAACACCUGGAGGGACAUGUAUAGCUUCAAAGAAACUAGUUAAUGAAGAAGCUGAGAUAUCAUGGAAACACGGUGAUAAUUGUUAAGAUUCCACAUCUUCCUAUUUACAACAGCUAUCUAGGUACUUACAACAAAUUCAGCAUGUUUUAAUGUCUACUAAAACAUCUCUAUGGCAUGCCAAGUAGUCGGUUCUUGGUUGAAUAAUUUGAUAUAACUAUAAACUUUUUGAGGAUGUAGAAAUAACCCAGUGAUCGCUACGUAAUUUUAUAUAACAAUAUUUUGUGUUUGGUUGCAGGUUUUCAUAUUCAACAAUUGUAUUUAUUCAGGGAGAGAAGGUUAUGACAUCUCUUGGUAAAUUAAUUUUGACGGUCUGGCUGUUUGUAGUGUUGAUCUUAAAUUCAAGCUAUACAGCUAGCCUUGCAUCCUAUCUCACUGGUCAGCAACUGUCCCCAACAAUACAAGAUAUAGAAUCUCUGCGAGCAAGCAAUUACCCCAUAGGCCAUCUGGAUGGCUCAUUUGUUAGACAUUACCUUAUCUAUGAGCUAAGAAUUGAUGAGAGCAGAUUGGUAUCUCUUUCCAAGGCGGAAAACUAUGUUGAUUUUCUCAGAAAUGGAACAAUUGGUGCUGUUGUUGAUGAGACUCCAUACAUUUACAUGCUCAUGUCAGAGCAUUGUGGUGAAUUUAAGAUUGUGAGCCGGCAGUUCUACAGGGGAGGAUUUGGAUUUUUAUUUGCCAAAGGGUCUUCAGUGGUUCCAGAAAUGACAUCUGCAGUACUAAAUAUUACGCAGAACAAAACAGAGUGGGACACAAUUCGCAGCCGGUGGUUUGGUCCAUAUUCUCCUUCAUCACAUUCCUGCAAUGAUGAAGGCGGUAAUAUUUCUCAAGUACAGGGUGGUAGUAACAAUGGGCAAUUAAGUCCAAGGAGUUUUUGGGGUUUGUUCGUACUCUCAACAGCUAUGUAUUGUGCAUUAGUAUCCGCCUAUUUUGGAAAUAAGUUCUGUAAAGGUAGACUAAUUAGGCCGAAGGUGGUAAAUGUUCAGCCCGCGCCUGAGAUGAGACCUUUGCCUACAAUUCAAUUAGAAGCUCUAAAUUCAAAUAUAUCUCGUUCACAACGUCAUACUGAUACUAACACAGCUUCAUCUUCACAUAGUGUGAACCAUCAUCGAAUGGCUAACACAACUUCAGCUUUUCAUAGUGUGCAGAGGAGUUACACGGCUUCAGGUUCUCAUAGUGCGCAUCAUCAACAAAGGAAAAGAUCUCACUCAGCUUAAAUUUAUGAAACCCCAUAUCAAACAAGUUUUGACAACGGGGUUAAUUUCAGUGUGGUUAAAAUUGGUUUACAGAAUUAUAAAAGUACAAUGAAAUAAUAAGGAACAUUUCAUGCCAAUGGCUCAGCUUAGGCAUUUGAAUCUUUAUGUGGGAGUGAUGUAGAAAUUGACUUAUUUAUUAGUUCUUAUUUUAUAAGAGAGAAUUAUAGCAGUCAUAUUUAAUUAGAUGCACCUAGAGUUUCACAGACCUGUGACUACCGAAAGAUACAAGAGGCCUAGCUCCUUUUCUGCAAAAAGUGUGUUGCUUUCGAAAGAUAAGACUAUAUGCGUCUGUCUCCAGAGACAGUGUUAAGGAAAAGGCUUUGCCUUCUGGUUUGGCUUCCACAGGCUCAGACCACAGCAAAAUAAAGGUGGAUGGGGUGGAUGGAGGUGAAGAUAAAACUCAUACCGUAGAUACAGAGAGAACCAAGAAACUGUCCUGCCCCUCCAAACCUUUCUCAGUCACUGUGUGUCAGAUGGCGGAAGCUCCCAAGACUUGUGACGCUGGCCUCAUACAACUAGCUGCUGACAUUGAGGGAAAGGUUAAAACCCUUUAUUUGCUCCAAGACAUCACAUGGCCUGAUAUUUGGGGAUGAGAUUUUAGAAGGAGAAGAUCAUAUCUCCGAAGUUGGUUUGAUUUGUCGAUUCAAUCAUUCAUGGCUAAGUACUGCAGAUCUAUGCAAGUGGCUGUCAAGUAAUUGGCCGCAAUAUACAUGAAAACUGGUAUGGAAAUCUGCUCCUGUGCGCAGGUCUUUUUGUUGGAGCAUUUUAGUAUCCCGAAGACCGUGUAUUUUAUCCUCAUCAAAAACUUGACCUGGGCAAACACUCUCUUUCGCUUCAAACUUGGCACUUACAUUUCAACCCUCUCGCUCGCUGAAUCUUUCCAUGUAUUGUCGAUUUGGGGUAGGCUUUUGAAGCUUCCUAUCUAAAAUUUUGGAUCGAUUCAUUCUUCGAACCUAUUAAAAAUAUUUGAGACAUUCUGAUGAUGCAGUCUACUCUCUAUAAUAAUGAAAGACAACCUAGGAACUAUAGCUAAUUAAGAAUUCACAAACUUGACACCCAC